AUGCGUUCCGACCAAUCGAAGGCGGAACCUUUCAGCGAAUGCUCGAGCCGGCCGCUCAGGCGGGUGGCCUCCGUCCAGUCGUUAAAUUCCGCAUUCUCACAUCUCUCUUCUUCAACGAUGACCGCUUCAGAUCUUCCCGGCCCUGGUCGCAUUCUGGACAAAUAUGUCUUCACGAGGGGCGGGCGAGCACUUGAACGAGCCAUUGCACGGACUGCUCAUUCAUUAGGCUUCGGACCUUCUGCCGCUGCGCUUCGCAUUGGUGCGAACUUGCGCGGAUUUUCCUUAGAUGAAACUCCUCCGACAACAGCACUCAUGACAUAUGAGGGCGCAGCACCAAAGAAACUUAGGCUGGAACUCGGGCUGGUCCAGGAUAUUCCCCGUCUAAGAGUCGAUUGUCAGAAGCUUGUCGGUUAUACAAAGUCAAAUGUUGUCAGCACUCGCAUUCAGACAUAUAACAUGAUUAUCACUCUAUCCAUCCGCUUUCCAUAUCUAAGCCUCUACUUCGAAAGUACCGAUUUCAACAAAAGUGAUCGCGCGAGUUUGCCGCCUUGUCGAGUAACUGACGAUGAGCUGCUAGAAGAGACGCUUGCUCGGAUGACUUUCGCUUGUCUCACUCCCUUGGACGAUCCGGGAAGCGUCGCCCGUCUAGUUGACCAUUUGGCAGAACAGACAAAGUAUGCUGAAGAGCAGCAAAGUCCGUGGAGCACGUGUCCCCGGCACCUUUACCUUCCGAGUGCAGAGAUGAUUCGCAAGUAUUGCGAGAACCCUCACACUUCUUUCGCAGCUUUGCGUUUCACUGGCAUCAUCUUCCGACACUCCCUCCUCUCCCGCGGGGCUGAAUUCUUCGUGAAACUCAACAGCGCAACUAUGACUGGAUUCUGGAGAGAACUUAUAGGUUGCAUGCAGAAUCUCGUUCAAACAGAACUUACUCGGCCAUGUAGAUGCUAUUCUUGCUUAAAACAGUGUCUCAACGAACCAAGACUUGGGAGUACCACGCUCGGAAACUUGGUCACUUUAGCAGAGCCGGAUCCCGAGGGUAUAGAUCUAUUUUCUGAAACGAUUUUCGAAAUGCUUUAUCGCGCUGUUACGUGGGAUCCGCUCCUCGAACAAUUGGAAACGCGCUCCGCUAAGCUUCGCGAUUUGUUGAUUUGCGACGCCCUUAAUAUCUUUGAGUCUUCAGCCGCGCAGACUCUCUUUCCCAAUGCCUCUUUUGUUUCGUUAACGAAGCUGAAGCCGCAGGCUGAGCCUCUAUGUGGUAAGGCAGGUUACACCGAAGCCUUUCCCGGGAUGGCUACAACGUGA